UUAUUUUCAGAUAGGAGUAAAAAAGAAUAAGACAGUGCCAAAAGAUAUUCAGAUACGGCCUGUUGCCCACAGCCGGAUAAUAGCAUCAGCAAGGUUCCGGAGGCCUAUUCAAGAGCCUUGUACUAUUUGUGUGAUUGCAAAUGGAGACCUCUUAAACCCUGCCGUCCGGCUGCUGAUACCUAAAAAGAUACUGAGACAGUGGGAACAGGUUCUCGGUAUGAUCACGGAGAAAGUAAACCUUAGAACUGGAGCUGUAAGAAAGCUUCAUACGUUGGAUGGACGAUCCAUCAGUGAUGGCACAGAACUGGAAAAUGGAAGUUUUUAUGUAGCUGUGGGCAGUGACAAAUUCAAGAGGUUGCCGUAUAGUGAAUUGCUUUUCAAUAAGUCAUUCCCAAGAAGAUCUAAUGGGUCCAAAGCAGCAUCACUUCCACCCAUCCCUGGAUCUAAGAAGUCUAAAGAAAAUGGGGAUCGACAUGUCAGCUCUACAGGAGCUACAAGUGAUAUAUACCCAGUGACAUCACCUCACCUAAUAAAGGGAAAAGGCAAGAAGGAACAGUUAGCAACUGGAGAAGAAGCUGUGUUCCAAGUAAAACCCGUCAAAGUGAAGCACAACAAAAAUGGUCCUGGGAGCUCAAAAAUGAUUCCUGGAAUUGAAGACAGCAUCUUUAAAGCUUACGAAGAGAGGACAGAGACCCUUGGUGCUGUGGAAGUCCAAGAGGAUGAAGGUACACUAGUGGAGCUGCCCAUUGAUCAGAGGCCAGCAGAGACUGUAGACGAGGAGGAAGAUCCCCAAGACCUCCUUACAGAAGAAGAUAUUGAUCAACAAAAUCGGGAUUUGCUAAACAAGGAACAGGAGCCUCAUCAAGAUUUGUUUUGCAAUGAAGGUGAAAUAGAUAAUUUAUAUCAGGAAGCAAAUCCUGAGAUUCCUCUGGAUGAAGAGGUAAACGGUGAAGACAGUGAAAGUUACCAAGUGGGAAAGGAAAAUCCUGAAAAUGAGGAGGAGGAUUUUGGUCAGGAGAAGGAGAGUCAUGGAGAAGAUAAGAAUUUUUCUCAGACAGAAGAUAUAUACUCAGCUGAGGAUUUGCACCAGGAAAAAGAAAUUAUUUCUAAAGCAGCUGGGGAUCUGUUGGAUGAGAAUGGCAAAGAAAAGAAAAUUAUUUCUACAGAAGGACAUACCAAGGAUGGUGAUCAUAUGAAUGGAACAUUAGCCUUGACCAAAACAGCAGAAAGAAUACCUAGCUCUUCAGAGACUGACAGCAAAGAAACCAUCCCAGUAACGAGUGAACAUGCUGUCAUGGCUCAGUGAGUCCACAAGGCAUUAGAAGAUAUAAAAAAAUGUCAGCACAAUUUGUUAUGUCCGUUUUUUUUAUUUUUACCUUCUUAAUCCCUGACUUUUUCACUGCUUUGCUGCUUCCACAGUUGGAAUUGUGAACUGUUCUGGCUGGAACCUUCUCGAUGACUGCCAAUGUCAUUCUGUGGUUGGUCAUGGGCGAGGCAAGUGGUGGGGUUGGGGGAGAGAGAGGAUUGGUUUGCAGUUAGAUAGAAUGCCCUUGCACCACUGUGGACUCAGCAAGAACUUUGCCAAAUCAUAUAAAUUUAAAUUUCCAGCAGUGGCAACAAGUGACUGAUCCUGUGUCUCUGUCACUCACUGCUGCCUCUGACUUUGAUAUCUAUUAUAUCUACCAGAGUCUCAUUGAACGUUUGUAGAUCUUAACAGUAGCAUUGGCAAUCGGGUGUGGAAGGUGGGCAUCAAUGUGGCAUUGUGUUGCAAGAUGAGGUCAUGUAUUGUUUUGUUCUGUUCAGCUUCAACACUGGCUGUCCGUAGCUCAAAUUUAGACUGUUGACAUUGUUUUAGUAACCAGCAUCUCAGCUUCAGGCAGAAGGAUUCUGUUCCUCUUACGAUGCCAGACUUCCAAUAAACACUUGCUGAAAAAUGUGCUUAAAGCUCAGAAGACCUGAAAUGCUGGUGAGAAAGAUUUAGCGCAGAAAGCAUUGACUGAUCUGUUAAACCGUUAAACUCAAAAUUAAACUGACCGUUUCUUGUCUACAUCCAAAAUUGUCAACUAUUCAUUGGAGAUAAGCUGACGAUUUUUGACAUGUUUCAUAUUGAUUGCCGAGUUGAUCCUUAUCCCCUUCAGCCAGCCUCAGUUGGUGGGAAUCACAGUGAAUGAGGACGAUAUCAAUGCCUACUGGUGCAGCUUUACCUAUAUUAAGCAGCUUGGCUAAAAACUGUUAUGGAGAGAAAAUAAACGUUAAAAAAAUUGAAACAAAUCUGGUAUAGGUAUA